CCCUCACCCAGGGUUAAACAUUAGUAGCAGAUUAUCAGUCCAGGGUCAGGGGGAGGGUGGAAUUACACUUUCACCAGCGUCCCCUCUGCUGGAGCCGCCAGUGCCCGCCCCUGCCAGACAAUGCCCGUGGAGGACUUUGUGGCCGGCUGGAUCUCUGGAGCUCUGGGCUUGGUCCUGGGACACCCCUUUGACACUGUAAAGGUGAGGCUGCAGACCCAGACCACAUACCGGGGCAUCGUUGAUUGUAUGGCCAAGACUUACCGCCACGAGUCGCUGCUGGGCUUCUUCAAGGGAAUGAGCUUCCCCAUUGCCAGCAUAGAUGUGGUCAGCUCUGUCCUGUUCGGGGUCUACAGCAACGUCCUGCUGGCACUGACGGCCACCUCCCACCAGGAGCGGUGGGCCCAGCUGCCCAGCUAUACGCACGUCUUCAUAGCCGGCUGCGCAGGGGGGUUCCUGCAGGCCUACUGCUUGGCCCCUUUUGACCUCAUCAAAGUCCGGCUACAAAACCAGACAGAGCCCAAGGGGAAGUCAGGGAGCCCCCCACCCCAGUACCGGGGGCCCGUGCACUGCGUGGCCUCCAUCUUCCAGGCCGAGGGGCCCUGGGGGCUGUUCCCGGGAGCCUGGGCCCUGACGCUGCGGGACAACCCCAUCCUAGGAAUCUAUUUCGUCACCUAUGAAUGGCUGUGUCGCCAAUUCACGCUGGAUAGCCAGAACCCCAGCUCGGGCACAGUGCUGGUGGCAGGGGGCUCUGUCGGCGUCACCUCCUGGGUCACAGCGACCCCCUUAGACGUGAUCAAGUCUCGGAUGCAGAUGGUGGGGCUGAGGCAGAGGGUGCACUGGGGGCUGCUGGACUGCAUGGUGAGCAGCGCCCGGCGGGAAGGGCUGGGGGUCUUCUUCCGGGGGCUCAGCAUCAACAGUGCCUGUGCCUUUCCUGUCAACGCUACGAGUACCUACUCCCGGGGAUGAGCCUGGCUGGGUGACGAGCUCCCCAGUGAGACCACCGCCCACCUGCCCAGAUUGGAGGCCAAGUUGAAAGCACCAGCUAGUGAUUCUGAUGCCAGAGGCUGAGCCCCUCUUUAUCAAGGCACCUCCAGCACGCAGAGGGGCCGGGGAGAUGCCUCGGGGAGCAGAAGGCCCGGGGACCUGGACUCCACCCAGAUUCCAAGGCUGGCGUGGGCCUCCCAGCAGCACGUGCCUUGAUUCCUUUGCUUCCUGAGUCUGUGAAGUAAACUCACAGCCAGUGGCGCUGGUGACAUUCCAGCCCACACACUCGCAGAACUUCUGCUUGGCUGCCUGGUGCUGACCACCUAGCUCCCCGGAUUCUGGUGACACAUCCUCACCUGCCUCUCCCUUCACUUCCUUUCCAGCCUCUCCCCGCAUGACUUGAGGGUAGCCCGGUCUCCUCUAGUCCAGAAUCCUUCAGUGGCUCGUCACCCUCAGGAAAAAGCCCAAACUCCCCCUCCUCCUGGCCUCCCCUUCCCCCCAGCUUGCUUCUCCCUCUGUUCUCAGGCAGCCAAGUCCUGCUUGAGGUCCCUGAACAAGCUGUGCCCUCGCCUCCCACCCAGAAGGUCCGUUCCCUCUGGGCCAGCAGUGGGCAGUGCCUGCAGGGUGACUCCCCCAUCCCUGGGGCUGAGCGGCUCCAACCCAGGCUGAGCACUGUCUCCUGGAGCCCUUCCUCUGCUCGCCUCCUCCUGCCCAGAGCUGACUCUGGGGUUCGCAGACCUCUCUGCUCGCCCCCAUGCCUUGAUCAUAGCCUUCGCCUGUGCUUUAUUAUGGUUGUGGGUUUACUUCUCAGCUCCCAAUUAGACUGGGUGCUCCCUGAGGUCAGGGGUCAUACUUCUGAUCGUUUCCCAGCACGGAGCCCAAUGCUUGAAGCAGCCCAGCAAGUGCUUGUUAAAUGAAGUGCACUCCCGACCUCUGGCCCUGAAUCCAAUCACCACACCCCUGUCUCCACUGAGAGGUUUGCCUGUCCGGGCCCCUCUCGGGGUCUCCAGUGCAGUAGUGUCUGCCUUGCCCAUCAAUGGCACUUGUUUUCUUUACCCGUCUUAACUGCUAAAUGGGAAUUAAAAACUGGCUGAAAUUGUUCACUUAAUUGGCAAUAAAGUGAGCAGAGUUUGUACCCA